UUUUAUGGACAGCAUGUCCAAAAAAUUUUUUUUGGGGAUGCUCCGGAUGCACGCCGCGUGGCUGAGGAGCAGGCGUCCAUCUCGAGGCUCCCUAGAGGCGAUCCCAAGUUCCCAACUCCCAACUCUACGCGGGAAAUGAAAAAAAAAAAAAAAAAAAAAGCCACCAAACCUCUGGUUUUCUAGAGAGAGAGAGAGAGCGAGAGAGAAAGAAACAGAGAAGAAAAAGCCAUGGUGAGAAGAAGCUGUUGAUGAACCAUGGUGAGAAGAAGCUGUUGAUGAAGAAGCUGUUGAUGAAGAUUAAGAAAAUGGACAACACCUUGGACAAAAACCCUAAUCAAUAUAUGGAAAAGCAAUCAAGUCUAUAUGAAUUCACCAACCAAGAAUUUGAGUCUUCUUCUACAAAUUUGGUAAAAGCAAUAUCAUGUGGAGAAGAAUUGGUACAUUCUAAUAAUGAAUCCUUCCCAUUCAAUAUGCCAAAUAUUAGCUCCUUGCCUGUUACAUCAGCCGAAGCAGUGACUUAUCUGCCAACUGGAUAUUCUGUGGAAGAUGAACCCAAAGUUGGUAUGACUUUUAUAUCUGAAGAAGAAGCUUGCAUGCCUGCAGGUCGACUCUAG